AUGGUCGCCAUGCCCACCGCCUGGUGCUCCAUCGCUCUAGCCCUGCUCGUGGCCCUGCACGAAGGCAAGAGCCAGGCCGCGGCCACCCACACCCCAGAGCAGCCAGCGCCCUUGCCCCGUGCCCGAGGCUCCCACCUGCGGCCUCGCCGUUGCUCCUGCAGCUCCUGGCUCGACAAGGAGUGCGUCUACUUUUGCCACCUGGACAUCAUCUGGGUGAACACUCCCGGACAGACAGCUCCUUACGGCCUGGGAAACCCGCCAAGACGCCAACGCCGCUCUCUGCCAAGGCGCUGUGAAUGCUACAGCGCCAGGGAUCCCGCCUGUGCCACCUUCUGCCAUCAAAGGCCCUGGACUGAAGCUGUGGUAGUCCCAGACAGUGAGUCCUCUGCAGCUGUGUUCCAGGCUGGCAAGACAUGGGCCACAGCAGGAGAGCUCCUCCAGCAGCUGAGGGACAUUUCUGCAGCCCAGAUCCGCUUUGCUAGGCAACAGCAGAAAGCAACAAGGGAUCCCAGGCCUACACACUCCAGGUGGAGGAAGAGAUAG